ACGAUGGCGAGCCAGCUGCUGACGGUUGCUUGUCUGUUGGUACCGGUCUGUUUCAUCCACGGUGCAGCCUUCUUAUCCAGGCCAAAAGAGAUGACGAUUCGGUACGGGACGGGGGAACACCAGAGAACCGUGGUACGGCGGUACUGCGAGUGGGACGGGCACAAGGUCCUCCCCGGCAGUACCUGGACCACCGCCUGCUGCAUGCACUGCACCUGUACAGACCGCGGCCUGGAGUGUUACACACAUGGAGUUUACGAAGUGGAGCAUGACUGCCUCGUCCUGGUGAACGAGGUUUGUGAGAUUGAAAUAGUGGACAGCGCCGACCCCAACCAGCCUUGUCAGCAAUUCACCGAAGGUCCGCCAGGUGGCGUGGUGACACAGGGCAUUCAGCUGGAGGCGAAGUAGCACAUGAUUACACAUUUACAAAUUAAG